CCAAAGCAACCCCCUUUUCUGCUGUGCUUGCCAUUUGCUACAUGCCUUCAUUUUUUGAUCGCAGCACACUGCGAUACUAAAGGCGACAGUGAUGGCAGGAAAAAUUGCUCUGCCACUUCAACACUUAAUUGCAUCAUUGGACAAAACUUGUCUGCCAAAAAUUCUACAGGUAAUCUCUGGAGUCUAUUUCCAAGGGUCCAUAUAUGAACUUUCGGGGAGUGAAGUAAGCUUUUCGACAGGGGAUCUUAUAAAGGUCAUUGAUAUGGAGCUCCAGUCAGUUUGCUGUGAAGACAUCAGCAACAAUGAGAAGUUUGAGCUCCCCGCCAACCACACAGGCUUGUUUAAGGUUGAUCCGGAGGAGAUGCCGUACAAUACGGUAGAGGAGAUGUUGAGCAUGAGGCCUGUUGGCCUGGAAUCCUGCCUUCCCUUCACUUUCAGCAGCCACUCCAAGAUGACCUUUGACAAUUUCACACUGGGGGCCGGGAGAGCUCUGACUGUGCUCUCCAUUGAGCGGCAUGAGGGGGAGGAGGAUCAGGUCCGCUGCCAUGUUCGAGGACAAGAUGAAGCCUUAUUCGAAGUGUGUGUCCCUCUUUCUUCUCGAGGAGAAUUCUACGAGUGUGAGAGCGAGGAGUGCUUCACUCUGCUGGAGAUCAUGUCCUCUGCCUGCCUGCGCAGUCGAAGUUUUCGCUUCAUCAACACCACCAAAUGUGAACAGCGAUUUGUCCUCAGUCCAAUAUACCAGGUCCAUGCCAUCAUGAACUUAAGGAAGAACGUGUUGACGUUCCCGUCCAGCUUAGAGGUGGAUGUGGUCGAUGUCACUGAGCUGUGUAAAGAUGUCAACUUUGUGACCCCACUCAGUCUGACAGAGGUCUUUUCCCAGCCAGAUGAAUCGUUCCCUUCAGUAGUGGAGAUACUGGAGGGCCCAGAGACCCACUCUCCGUUUAAGUGCAGCUGGCUACCAGAUAUUACCAAGAAUGAGCAACUGGUUUUCCACAAGAAAGGAACCUCAGCCUUGAUAUUACUAUCGAGCUUGAAGAGCCGGAAGCCACAGCAGUACUUUCUGGUAUCUCAGCAAUAUGGUGGACGAUUUCGGAGGCAGCCGAGAGAGUUUAGCUCGGUGUACGAGCUGUAUGCUGCUUCGAUCCAGGCCCCGGGUCUGAUGGUCGGUGUAACAAGGAACUGUGAGGAAGUUGAAGAGGAGGGCCUGCCUGCUCUCAGUGUGGGGGAACAGCUGGAGGUUGUGCGCUGGGACAGGAUGGAGCUGCCUUGUGGAAGCAGCGAGGGACAAGGGCAGUCUGUGGAGGGUCUUGUGUGUCAUCGUGUCCAGGAGCCAGAUGAUGAAGAUGAUGGUGAAGAUGGCGAUGAAGAAGAGGUCAGGCAGGAGGAGAAGAAAGAGGAGAUCUCUCUGCCUCUGUACAUGCAGGGUCACUUUGUGGAGGUACUCACUGACAACAAGAGGUACAGACUCAGGGACUUGGGUACGAAGUUCAGCUUGCCGCUGGAUGUUAAAGUGGCGAGUCGCGAUACAGAACUCAAGACUGAUCCACUGGUUGGGUUUGCAUGUCUCAGACUAGAGGGGGCUAUGUUAGAGCCUACCAUCCAGGCAAGCUUUCUGCACAGGCCAGACCACUGUUUUGAGAUCCCAACCCAGUGGCUCUCUAUGUCUGUCUGUAUUACCGAGGACCCCCUGCCAUGGCCCAGCGAUCAACCCCCUAAGUGCCAUGUGGAUAAGGUCAUUGAGGUGAAGGAGAGAUUCUUUCAUGAAUUUUGCAAACGGGGGAACUCAGAUGCAGCUCCUCCGCCUCGACCACCAAAGGGAAAUCUUUCUUUACACCCUCCAAAGGAAUCCUCAAAACCUCAAAAAAAAACAUCCAAUGCAAACAAAUCCAAACAACGAGCAGAUGAAAGUGUCACAACCAAAGAGUUUGCCGAUUUGACUCUAAAUAGCAAAAGAAGGCCCCCAGCUCCCCUACCACCAGUUAUCUUUGAUGAUCAGCCUCCACCACUUGCACCCCGAAAGCACUCGGCAGCCAAAACGACAACUGGCAAGGCUCUGCCCAACACUUAUGUGAAAAGGGCGGAAUCUACGAAGAAAGGCGAAGAUCUUCCAGAAGACGGUGUCAUACAAGUGCCACUGUGCGAGGUUGUAGCAGAUGUGGACAGCGACCACGAUUAUGAAACAGUGGAUGACACUUUUGUGACAAUGGUGAAGAACGCACAAGAGAAUGUCGGGUUUUUCUAAAAAUCGCACUUGGAAAAAACAUCGUACUAUAGUUUUUUAAGCUCUCCUGCCUUGAAUUGUUUUUUUUACUACCUGAGACUUUACAUUCAGACCAAGCACCCUGUCCAUUAAAUUCCAAAUGUUGCCUUGAAACUCAUUAGUCUUAAUGUAAUAUUGAAAAUAGUUUGGUUAUUUUUACAUCUCAGAGGUUGGAUUGUUCAGUUUAAUCUGUGAGACUCUUUUUGCAAGAUUUAAAACACCCCCGUGGAGUUUUUGGUGACUUGGCAACUUGUAGUUUUGUAUUUAACAUUGUGCAAUACUUAGUAGUUAUGUAGUUCAUUAUGUGACAAAACUUCAGCAACAACUUGGGAGUAAAACAGGUGAAUACAAGAAUACAUACAUGUAUUUUUAUAAGCUUCACAUAGGUUAUAAUGAGACAUCUUAUUUAACAUAUGUCAAACUAAUUUUGUGUAUAUAUGCAAACUGUAAUCACUAAGGGUUAACAACAGUCCUUGCUGGGAGGCAACUGUGGCAACAAAACGGAAGCUGCAGCUUCACAUGGUCAUCGAUUCUUUUGCCGCAAUAACUGAAGCUCUCAAUCCACAACCACACCAUUUUAAUGACUUUUGUUUUUUCAUUGAAAGGACUCCAUGCUGGAAGUAUUGCUUUUCAUUUGCAUACUAUGGACUGGACUCAUGUUACCAAAGAUAUGAAUGUAGGAUUUUAAACUUUGAUUGAGGAGUUAUGUGCAUUUUGUGUAUCAUCUUACAAGUAUAUUGUAGCUUGUCUGUAGGUGGCUUCAGUGUAUUGAGACUUGCAACCUGUUUGCUGUGUAGGUCAGUAUUUCUGCAUCAUGUAGACAAACAUCUAAAGUAAAAGAUGCAAGUCAGUUAGUUGGCUGAAUGUGUGAAAUUACAUGUAAAACGAUAAUAUCUAUUUGAAAUCUCAAUAAAGUUGCAAAAACUGCUUCUUCAAA